AAGCGUCAUUAAAGGGAAUCCAACGUGUAAAUUGAUUCUGUCGGACCCCCGAACGAUGGCCAUAAAGAGUGGGUGAACAAUUGGCAAUAAAGAUUGCAUUUUUUAAUGCAAAUAUAUAUAUUUUUUGCUGAAACAAAGCCGAACAACUAAGUUUUUCAUAGCCUCAUAAUAACUUGAUAGUAAAAACUAUACCAAAUUAUAGUUGUAAAACAAAGGGCGGCGAUUUUUCCAGCUUUGAAAAAAAAAUCAAAUUGUAUCUACACUUUAGGCAACAAAUUAUUAAUUGUUGUUGAAUAUCUCCAAAAACAAUGGCACCGGCACCAACUAAAAACGCAAAUGUUCCAAAUAAAGUGCCUAGUAGCAACCCGGUAAUCAAUAGCAUCACAACACACAUUCCUGCCGCUGCUGCCAUCUCAAACAGCAGUGCUAACGCCUCAUCAGGUUCAGGGGGGCGUAAGCAAACUGGCACAGGAACAAUACCAAAAUCCCUUAAAUCAACUACAAGUAAUGGUCAAAGUGUUGCAUGUAACGAUGUGGGGUUGGUGGGUCAACAAGGACAAAAACCCGUCUUACAACAACCACCUGCAGUGGUACAACAACAACAAUUAUCCAAUCGUUGCAGUCCUUUAAAUAUUGUGGCAUCUAUACAGCAUCAACAACAACAGCAGCAACAACAUAUACGCUCACAGCAACAACAUAAAAAUACAGAAAUUGUGGCUCCCAUACGACGGGAAUUAAAGGAUUUAAAUGAUUAUCUCCUAACAACUGUGGUUACAACAGCAAACACUACCAACAACAACCCAACAUUGCUGCAACAGCAAAGUUUUGGGUCAACUACCAGUGAUAUAGAAAAUUCACAAGAAAACCAACAAAGGUUUUGCUAUCCAGUACGUCCAAUACCAAGACGUAGUCAACCACAACAGCAUCCAAAUCAACAAUCGCAGAACGAUUUUCUAAACGCAUCAGCUCUCAAUUCAAAUCUAAAUACCACUAUUGGUGUAGUUAUUCCGACUACUCCAGGCUUGCCAUCAAACAUACAUAACGCUGCAUCAGCUAUAACCACAGUGCAACCCAUCAAUCAAAACCAACAAAAUCAAGGAGGCGGAGGUGUCAUAAACACUGCAAACGGUCAGGUGAACGAUAAUCCAGCAGCCUUGGGACCACAAUUUGAACAACAAAUUCAACUAUUAGUGCUACAAAGGCUUAGACAACUAUUUGAAAACUCUCAAACUAGUCCAUUUUUGAAUUUAACAACUAGUUUGUUGCCUGCUAUACAGACGUCGUCAUCAGCCUCCUUGGCUACUACAAUAUUAAAUCAUAAUACCAACGAAAUCACACAAUUAGCUCAACGCUUUCAGACCUUGAAUAACAAUCAACCGAAAAAUAAUUUGGAUAACUCUUUGCCAACAGCGCAACAACAAAAAAAGUCGUUAAAAACUCCAAAUAUGGUGCAUGAGAUAAAUCCCAGCAGCUCAAACCACAAUGAAAUUGUGGUCAAUUCUACCAGCCUAGAAGAUGUUCCUCAAAGUGAUCGCAUGAGUGAUCGUGCUCAAUCCAUACAAUCGUUGCAUAGCAACAUUGAGACACCCACGCCCGAUACAAAUCCCUCAUAUGAAGAGCUGCAACAACGUUUGGAAGCUUCCAAUCGUAAUAUUCAGAAUUUGCAAGAACAACAACAGCAGUUGCUGAAAUUGCAAAAUGCCGCCAAACAACAUCUGACCGAUAUGGAGAAACUAAAGCAACAAGCUGGAGUUCUAAGCUUUCCUUCAGGCUCUCAAAGAGGGGCUGAUGGUGGCGACGGUACACCUGAAUAUCAAACCAUAGGUCAAGUUCAUAGUGAUAUGGCCACUUUGGUGGGACGCAUGAAAAAUCUCACGGCUUUCAUACAAAAUCAAAAUGAGCUGUCAAAUUUAUUGGGUGAGGAUGGUCCAGAAAUUUUAGCUGAACAAGAGGCUCUGCAUAGAAAACUGGAGGCCUUACGCAACCAGAGGGAUGAAAUGCGUAACUUGGUUUCUGAGCUACAGCAGGUUAACCAGUCGGCCGAGGAAAGCGCCAAAGAGGCUAGACAACGGCAAUUCGAACAAGAAAAAGACAUUGAGGAAAAUGAUCAGGAACACACUGGAUCACAAACAAAAGCAAAAAAACCGUCAAACACUGAACGUGAAGUUCCUGUAGAGUUUACCAGAAAUGUCCCCAUAGAACUUUUGCAACAAGCUCAACGUCCCCGUCACCCUCAGAUGAAUGGCAAUGAGCAUUCUGAGACCGAAACCGAUGUGGAUGACGAUGAACGCAAAGAGACGGCAAAUUUAAUACAGCAAAAAAUGGCAGAUGUUGAGGCAAUGAAAGCCCAAUUGAAACGUCUCAAAGAUAUGAUGGAAACUGUUCAGCUAAUCGAAGCUCAUAAUGCAAAGGAUACGGAACGUGCUGCCGCACGAGAAGUUCCUAUAACUUAUGAUCGUGAACGCACGCCUGUAGCAGCUCGCUACAGCGACGAUAAUGGCAAUGAAGAAUUUAUAACUCGUAAAGUUCGCAUGCUUAAUGAGGUCACUUCAGAUCUAAGAGCACAAGCAAAAUCUCUGCAAGCUGAAAAAGAUCGAAUUCAACAACUUAAAGAUGAGAUAGAAAGACGCAAGAGCCAAGCGGCUGCAGCAGUACAAAUGGGCGAUGAGGCUUUAAAACGUAACAGUCUAACACCAACACCAGUCUCAAGGACACACGAAGAACGUUGGGAGGAGCAUCUUAGAACACAACACGAACGCGAUCAGCUCAAGGAAGAAUACGAGCGUAAAAAAAAGGAAUUUGAAGUUAUAUGUAAGCGCUUGGAGCAAGAAGAAGCACCAUCAAAUGCGCCAGCUACGCGUAAUCGUCAGGACGUUGUGUCCGAAGCCGAUGACGAAGCCGAAGAAGAUAAUAUAGAAUCAGAUUAUGCAGAGAGCUCAAAAUUUGUACCAACUUCAACACCAGCAACUAUGAGAAAUAAUGAAAGUAGCAGCAACAAUGCAAGAACUGGCAAGGAUUCACUGAACUCGACUGGAGUUUCUUCUAAUACCGGAACACAUAUAGCACAGGCAGCGAGUUCAUCAGCUCACGAUGGUGCAUCAUUGGAGGCAGCUAGUUUGCAAUCUGGCAGCUCAAGAUCAUUUUCCAUACCCCCACCCAUGUCGGCAAUGGGCAUUAACUUUCCGGGUCCAAUACCACCACCUUUACCAGCUGCCUGGAACCCAUAUUACUAUGCUGCAGGUGUUCCGCCGCCUCCUCCCCCUCCUCAGACGGCAUAUGGCAUUUCGGCCCAGCAAGUUUCUGCUAAUACAGCCACAUUGAGUAACAACGAAUGUAUUUGUACUGCGAACAAUAACCUAGGUGCAGCCACAUCUUCUUCAACAGCUACAAGUGCAGUUACUAAUAAUGGUAUGACCACAACUACAGAUCCUAUGCUACAACAAUUUAUACAAACUCAACAAAUGCUCAUCAACUCUGUGUGUCAGUGCAAUCAAAUGUUGUGGCAUCAACAACGGGAAAUUGAUAAUCUGAAUCAAACCAUACACAUACUGCAAGAAAGAAUUAUAUCCUUGGGUGGUAUACCCAAUGUCAACAAUUCAGAUAUGGGCUAUGCCCUGAGGUCCGAAUCGGUUCCACCACCAAGUUUAGGUGGCAUACCGCCAACUCAUGCAUUGCCCAACAAUUUGUACAUGACCAUCAAUCGAGCUCAAUCGGAACAACCAGCACUAUAUUUGCCAGCUGGUGGAACACAUCAAAGAAGUGGCGGUUUUGGAAAUUAUCAGCAACAACAACAUGUUUAUCGUAGAGUAUCCCAACAACAACAACAGGCUCAAGUUCCAGGUGGCUAUAACUUUAGCGCAGAAACUCAGCAACACAACUCCUCAUCGACCGCAACCGCUAGCAUGUACUCAACAUUAAACAACGCCGCUGUUCCACCACAAUCGGCUCCAACGACUCUGUUUAACAAUGAAAUACCUGCACCUCCAUCCCCUGUGGUUGGUGGCAAUGGUCCGGCACCGAUAUUUAUGCAUCACCACAACAAUUCAAUUCAUCAGAACAAUGCAAAUCUACGAACCCAAAAUCAACAGCAACAACAUCACCAUAGCAAUGUAUCGGGAAGUACAUUGAAUAAUCAAGUACCACCUGGCAAUCGCGCCAAUAACUAUUGGGACAAUUUUAGAAGCUAUUCGAGACAAAAUUUGCUUUCAACUAAUUCCACAAAAAGCAAUGAGGAACAACAACAUCAUAAUCAACACAAUCAACCAGAGGCCGCCAGUGGCUUUGAAAGACCCCAAUCGAUGCAACAACAUCAUCAGCAAGCACAACAGCAACGACAGCAGCAACAGGCUUACCAACCACAACAGCAGAAUCUCAAUCUGGAGGAUUGUGUUAAUAAUUUAAACUACACAGUGCCCAAUAAUGAAGCGGCUUCCAAGUAUCUGCGCAUACUGCAAAGAUCCCGCAUAAAUCAGCAACAACAGCAACAGUAUCAACAAAAUACCAAUACAACGUAUCAGCAUCAACGUGAGUUUCUUCAACAAUUAAAUUGGUUGGAAAAUAACAACAGCAACACCACUAGCACGGCGCCCACCAAUAAUUCUUCCGAUUUAAUGUACCACAACUAUAAUAUUCAGCAAAAUAAUAAGGUGGGACCUAAACCCAAUUGGCGUUUCAGAAAUCUAAAUGAGGACUAUAAUCCAGCUAGUCGUGUUCAAGCGGCACAAUCCCAACAGCCAUCACUGCCUCGUUACCAAAAUACUUUGGGAAUUUCGCGGCAGCAAACCACUUUAGCAGCUACGCCAACACAGCAUUUCAUCAAUUUGCCACAAGCUCCACCAACACCACCGAGCCAUGAUUUUCUUUUGCAAGUUAAUGAGGAUGUUACCGGGGAUUACAAUUUUUUGAAUACCCAAGACCAGCAGCAGAUGCCUUUGGACUUUUCAACAAAUCCCCAGAAUCUAGUACCGGCUGAAUGUAACGAAUACGAGGAGGAUGACACCACAUCAGAAGAGAUCAAACGCAAUCUGCUGGUGAAUGCUUUGAAAAAUGACAAAUUCACCACAAAAUUCUAUGAAUCUAUAAAGGAGGAUGUCUUCAGACGCUUGGAGAGCAUGCUAUUGGAUAAGGACAAUUUAGCACAAUCUUCACAUGCUGAUAUUAUGCCACAACAGCUUAUCAAUAACAUCAAUAACCACUCCUUGCGUAAGCUAAAUUUAAAUGAGCAAAGGGAUCAAAUGCAUCAACAUCUGCAAUUCCAACAACAAACCUCUGAUAAUGCUUCCAAUACCCAACAGAAUAUAUCAGAUGAUUCAAAUAAUACUCACAUUGAUUAUUCCACUGGUAAUGGGGGAAAUGAUGAUAAUGAGGAUAAUGAAAAUGAAAAACCCGAAGAAGAUACCAACUGGAGGCAAAAUAAUGUGAAUAGUGUUGGUAAUGGAGCUACAAAUCAGCAGAUAUGCUCUUCCUCGAUCUCAACAACCACAACAUCGGCUACAGCAGCAGCAGCUCCAAAAAACUGUACUAAGAAAAGAAAAAAUUUGCGCAAAAAUCCAUUGAACAGCGGCAAUGGCAAUAGCCUUACAGCUGGUGGUAUAGCAGCGGCAGCAAAAGAAGAAGCGAACGAUAUUACCAGAGGUGCUUGCAGUCUAGCUGCCCAGCAGCAUCAAAAACAACCUCAUGGCAUUAAGGAAAGGCUAAAUGAAAUUAAAGCUUCGGCCGACUCGUCUACUGCCGCAACAACAAAUGCUGAAACGGGCAGCAACAUUUCACCAACUGUCACAUCGCAAACCAAUAGGAGUGAUCUCAUAAAAUACAUAAUUUCGCGUAUACGCAAUCAAACUCAUGUGAACACUGUAAUCAAUGAUGCUUUAUUGGUGGAAGUAGCCAAGCUAACUGCCAAUGUCGCUCAAAACGCUCAACAUUUAACCCAUAACAAUGCAGCCGCUUGCAACUACAAUAUUACCAACAACAAUAUCUCACCCAAGAAAAUCUACACGAAAAUUAAGAAAUUAACCAUACCUAAGGAACGGGAUGAAUUUUUGUAUUGGUAUCAAAAUUAUUUGGAAAAUAAUUUAUUUGGCAUUCCUGCGGAAGGUGCAAAGACAAAACCAACGGCAUCAGCAAAAGCAACAAAUAAUCAAACACCUUCACAUGCCAUCAUAUGCCAAGAAAAUGGCAUAUCAACCUUAGCACUGCAGGUUCCACCACCACCCCCUGAUGAUGGCGAUUUAGCUGAAGCAGAUCAAAAUUGUUCUUCAAAUACCAGCGCUAAUUACCAUCAUCUGGAAGAAUCGGAUGCUUCGAAUUCUGUGACAAUUGGCACCAAGAGCGUGGAUGUUGAUAAUUUAGAAAAUCCCCCAGAAUCGAUAAUGACAAACCAAGAAAUUGCCGCUGCUCCCGCAUCAGAGGGUGCUUGUGCUUUGGUUACUUCCUCUUCUUUGUCCAAUCAAAUGAGUGGCGAUAUAAAAGCAACGAUGGUUGACAAUAAUGCAUCGAAUUCCGAGAAACCCGACUGUAGUGAGAAGGAGUAGUGAGAGAUAUAAAUUAUGACUCUGGUAAAGGUCAUUCACUCAAAAAUAUAAAAUUAUUCCUAACACCGCUUUUAGUGAUCAUUUAAUUUUAUACACCAUAUAUAAUAGUGAUUUCAAUUUUAUUUAUUAAUGUAUGAAUAUAAUUUGCGUUCCUUUCCGCUCUUAAUACACAACAUUCCCUUUACAAUAACCAUUUA